AUGAACUUCAAAAGGCUCUAUUCACAAGCCCUGCAUGACCACUCCAAGCUAUGCAAAGUGAGUUUCAACGAGCAGCUGGCGGGCAUCAUGGACAACCCAGAGUCCGCCGACGUCGAGUUCCUCGUCGGCGAUGACGGCACGCCCGUCUACGCGUCCAAGGUCUUCCUUGUGAUGCGCUCCUCCGUCUUCAAAGCCCUCCUGUGCGGCAACUUUCGUGAAGCUCUGCCUCCCUCGUCUUCUACCUCAGUCUCUACGUCUACGUCGGAUACCUCGUCGUCACUACCGCCUGUCUUCUGGCACCGGGUGGAGAUCCGCGACAUGGAGCCGCGCACGAUGCGCCACCUGCUCCACUGGUGCUACACGACCCGGCUCCACCCCGACUUCUUUCGGGAGGAUGACUCCUCGCGCUCCCCGACCCUGCAAGAGAGCGACCUCGUCUCCCUGUACGUCGCGGCCGAUCGCUACUUACUCGACAGUUGCAAGGAGUCGGUCAAGUGCAAGCUGACCCUGAUGCUCGGCAAGAAUAACCGCAACGCUCUUUCGGUCUUCGACCAAGCUUUCGAGUUCGCACCCCAGUUGGCCUCGCUUGCCCAGAGCUGCAUCACGACAGACGCCACCAAGUUCCUGGGCGGCAAGAGGAAGGAGACCGAGGCGCAAUGGUUGGCCAUGUCGCCCGCCGCCGCUGCUCAGCUGGUCGAGGGCGACCUCGAGAAGUUCGAGGAGGUAGACCUGUUCCGCGCCGUCGUGAGGCGCUACGAGCACCACCGCGCCGAAGCCUACGAUGCCAGCGCUGACAGCGACGACCACGACAACAGGAGAUCGGCCGCGGCGGCCGCAGCGAGGGAGAAGGUGGCGUGCCUGCUCGAGGGCAUAAGGACGAUUCUGAUGAGCGUCGAGGAGCUGAUCGACGUUGUGGAGCCGAGCGGCCUCUUCACCGACGCGCAGCUUGGCGCGGCCUACAAGCAGGCGGCGCGCAACCACCGCUUCAUCGUCCCCGAGCUUCGCUCCAGGCGGCUGUUCUCCUCCGACGAUCGUGUGCGACACGGGAAGAUCGUGUGGCACCUCGCUGUGCGCAGGGGUUGGAAUGAAGAGUGGGUACUCGUCAAGGUCGCGGCGCUGAGGAAGAAGGACGAGACGCGGCCCAAGGCGGUGUCGGCCGAGGGCGUCUCCGUCUCGUUCUUCCACAACCGCCGCUGUCUCCUUCACUAUGUGGCCCCCGCCGCAACGUCGGUCUCAGUGCCCGGAGAGCUGUGCGUUCCCGUCCCGGUGGACUCCGCCGCUCUCGUGCGGGCGACCCUCAUCGUCCACGUGCCCGCCACCGCCUUUAUCGAGUAA